AUGGCAGCCUCCAGCUGCACACAGGUGUUAGAUCUUUACUGGGUGAUGCUACAAGAAAGCAAGCAUUUCAGCACCUACAAUUACAGGACAUAUGCUCUCAGACAGAUAAGAAAUGCCUUAAGAGAAAAUAAAAAUGUAAAAGAUCCUGUAGAAAUUCAAACCCUAGUGAAUAAAGCCAAAAGAGACCUUGGAAUAAUUCAUCGGCAGGUCCACAUUAGCCAAACGUACCCAAUGGACAAGCUCAUCAUUGAGAAUCAAGAGAAGCCCAGGACCUAGGGGGCCCAGGGACCAGCCACCACUAGCACCCAUGGAUCACCUUCAGCAUCCA